AUCAGAACGCCAGGAAUCAGCAAUGAUGUAAAAAGCAUGACUUAACCUUCUUUUUUGCAAUGGAAUAUAGUUUUAAUGAACUUUUGAUUUUUUGAUAGAUCUUUUAUUUCUUUGAGAUAAAAUAUAACUUUUUGAAAAAUGAUUGUUAUUCACGAGGAAGAUCGAUAGCGUAAUCUUGUUCCCCUUACUUUCAUACCAAUUUCUACAUCAUGAUUUAUAAGUAUUAUUGAACUGAGUUUGAGCUAUUUCGACUCGUAACGUUAGUAUUGACAGAGUAAGUCGCAAAUAACAUUUCUAACGAGUAAGAUGGAAUCGAGCAACGUAUUCAAUACUGCUAUUAGAGUGAAAAAUGAGCCACUGGAUGAUAAUGAUUACAAAAUAAUUGACACGAUACCCGUCACUCAAAAUAUUAAAUGCGAGAUGUUUCGGCAAGAAAAUUCAACCCCAGAGCUUUUUCAAGAAUAUGACGAAAAUCAGAAAAAUGAACUUGACGACCUGGAAAUCGAAAUGGAAUGUAUAGACAUGAAGCCUAAUUUAUUAUUAGUUGCGAAAAUUGAAGAUCAUUCUCCAAAUCAAUGGCAGGAUAGCGAUGUUUAUAAAAACGGAAGCAAAAUAAAACUCGAAACUGUCGGGGCAGUGAAGAAAGAAGUUUUUUGUAAAGAAGAAACUGAUUUGAAUUUCGGGCGUGGACUCAGCGAGCAAAAUAAACAAGGAACUGCCUCAAAAGAGCUUAGCAAUGAAAAUAGGCUCAAAACUGACAAUGAUACUACGCAUAAUAAAAUCACACAUGAUUGUGAUAUUUGCGGAAAAUCAUUCAAAUAUAAGAGUUAUCUCCAAAGACACAUCGAUUCGUUACAUCGUAAAAUCACACAUCCAUGCGAUAUAUGCCAAAAGACAUUCUCAGACAAGUGUAAUCUCAAAAAGCACAUCGAUUCGGUACAUCGUAAUAUAAGGUAUCGAUGUGAUGAAUGUGGAAAAUCAUUCAGAUCUAAGAGUGAUCUCCAAAGACACAUCGAUUCGUUACAUCGUAAAAUCACGCAUCCAUGCGAUAUAUGCCAAAAGACAUUCUCAGACAAGUGUAAUCUCAAAAAGCACAUCGAUUCGGUGCAUAAUGGUGUUAGACAUGCAUGUGACAUGUGUGGAAAGACAUUCACUCAAAAAAACCACCUCACAACUCACAUCGAAUCGAUACAUCAUAAAAUUACUCAUCCAUGCGAUAUAUGCCAAAAGACAUUCUCAGACAGGAGUAAUCUUAGAAAUCACAUUGAUUCGGUGCAUCGUAAAAUAAGGUAUCGAUGUGAUGAAUGCGGAAAAUCAUUCAGAUAUAAGGGUCAUCUCCAAAGACACAUCGAUUCGUUACACCGUAAAAUCACGCAUCCAUGCCAUAUAUGCCAAAAGACAUUCUCAGACAAGAGUAGUCUCAAAACGCAUAUGGACGCGCUACACAAUGGAAUCACCCACGCAUGUGAUAUUUGUAAAAGAAAAUUUAAAUAUCGAAAUAGUCUCGCUAGACAUAACAGAUUGUCUCAUAAUGGUACCACUUAUUCAUGCAAGACAUGCGGCAAGACAUUUAGACAGAAAAGAAAUCUCAGAGCCCACAUCGAUAUGGCGCAUCGCUCGCUCAAUAUGACCUAAUAAAUGUUUAA